AUGGACACGCAGAUCGGAAUAACUGGCGCUGCCAUUGAAAAGGAAAUCAAUGGUAUCUCAGAGGCCGACAAAAAUAUUGCUUCACCGAAGGCCGAUGAUCCAUAUGUUGAUAAGGCUACACAAACUAUUAUAGAAGGAUGCUCUGAAGAUGAUCCUAGGCUUUCGUAUCCUACUAAACUAGAAACUACUGAAAAAGGAAAAAUCAAGAGAAACUCAUUUGCAUGUGUAUGCUGCCAUUCUCUAAAGCAGAAAUGUGAGCCUUCUGAUGCUAAUGAUAUUUAUAGAAAACCCUGUCGAAGAUGUCUGAAACAUAGAAAGUUGUGCAAAUUUGACCUUUCAAAAAGGACAAGGAAAAGAAAGCCAAGAUCAAGAUCGCCUACAUCUUUUGAUUCGCCGCUGGUAAAUGUAUCUAUCAAAUGUAAAGUUCCGACGGACUCUGAGGAAUCAAGCCUGAAAGAUGGUACUUCUUACCUCACUACUCUGCCGUCCGACUUGAAUAAUAAACAAAUCUCAAGCUCUCGAACAGUUUUACCUGGACUUCAACAAAGUUUGUCUGACCUUUGGUCAACGAUAAGCCAACCACCUUCAUCUAGAGGAAAGGACGCCGAAUCGAUUUCUCAUGAAGAUACAAUGACUAAUGAGCCUACGAAGCCUAACAGCGCAAUGCCCAGAAAUUCAAAACUCUUAGCAUCCAGCAAUGAUUGUACAAAUGGCAGUGAUACGCCGGCGAUAUACAGCUCCUACAAUUCGCCCAUACCGAUUCUGUCUAACCAUACCAAUAUUAAGAGCGCAACACUGUUCAAAUCUAGACCUAAAAUUGUGGGCGAUGAGGAAACUCACAAUCUCAAAGUAAAAAGGCAAAAGAAAUCAUACUCCAGGCAUAUGACACGGUCAUUCAGAAAGCAGCUUCAAUCACUAAUUAUUUCUCAAAAAGGCAAAAUUAGAGAUAUUUCAAUGAAGCUCGAUGCUUGGUCAAAACAAUGGAACGACCUUGUGGAAAGGAGCAUGUUUUUACCGACAAUAGCAGAUCCUGUGUCUGUAGGAAUUAUAUCUCAUGAAGAAGCGACGCUACGAUUACAUCUUUACAAGACAGAGAUUUCAUAUUUGUCGAAAUUGCCAUUCAUAAAGGUGGAGGAAGACGUUAGUGUUGACGAAUUAAGAAAGAAAAAACCCAUUUUAUUUUCUGUCAUCAUGUCAUGUGUUUCAAUAGUAUUAACACCCAAGCAAACAACGAGAGGAACAAUAAUGAAGCUUGAUAGCUUUGUAUUAAAUUUAAUCACGAAUCAGAUUUUCAAGGCUAACAAUAAAUCUAUCGAAAUCAUUGAGUCACUUUCUACAUUGUGCUUAUGGUAUAAUUUUUUUGAAUGGUCUAGCAAAACGAGAUAUCAUAUAUUCAACUACAUUUGUUGCUGCUUAACUAGAGAUUUGGGGCCCACCUAUGUUAAUAGGUCUUUCGGAAUGUUUAGUGACGAGGAUCCAAAUAGAUUCAAAUCGCCUUUGGAACUUUAUAGCAAUGGUGCCAGUUUAACUUUACUGGUGUACAUUUCAGCACUAAACAUUUCAAUUUUCCUUCGGCAAUCAAUACAAGCUCGUUGGAGUCAUGUUACUGAAAAGGCCUGCCUGGAUUUAACCAAAGAGACGAGAGAAUCACGACAAUAUGACAGCGAUAAGCUAUUAUAUAACUCAGCUGACGAUCCCAUUUUAGUUCAAUUUGCUAAAAUGAAUCACGUUUUAGAAAAUAUCCACACGCACCUACAUGAAAGAGACCUAAAUGAUGAUGAGUUCGAUGAUCCUAUUUUUACCAAAAACUAUCUUAAUAAACUCAUGGAAAAAUAUCAUAAGCAAUUGCAAGAGAUUUUUACUAAACUUGACAGAAACAGGCCAAGAGUGAUAGCAUUUUAUUACUCUGUAGAAGCUUAUUUAUACCAGUAUAAGCUUGCAGUGUUCAUCGGAGAAAUUUCUCAAACCUUAAAUGAAAAAGUCGAAUUGCCCAAAGAAAUAUUGGAAGAUUUUGUCAAAUGCUAUCGUUGCUGUAAAUUUGCCCUUGAAGAAUUUUCUAAGCUGGAACCAAUUCUUAUUACCUCCUUACCAUUGUUCCAUACUUCUAGGAUCAUAUAUACCGUCGGUAUGCUUCUACUAAAAUUACGCUAUUCGGUAGUUGCCAUACCUUCAUUUCAUGACCUGAUGCCAUUGACGGACGACGCUAUUGCCUUAGUGAUUAGAGUAAACAAUCUCUUAGAAAAAACAUCUGAGCUAUAUCCAUUCAAUAACUCUCUUUACAAAUUCAGGUAUGUCAUCGCCUUGUUUUGUCAGACCUAUGCCAACAAGGUUAUCGAUGUCGCUGAUCGCUACAAUUCGGAGAGAGAGAAACAAAGGGAAAGACAAACCAUAAACGAAAUGUGCAGUAACAACGAAGGACCGAGGUCAGUAAGUGCAUAUGAAACGGAACUACACAAGAUGCCAAAAGAAGAUGAUCCAAUCAUCGAGAAUAAUACAAAUCAAAGCAUACCCACCAUACCUGAUGAAACGCUCCCAAUGUACGCAAGAGUCCGCGAUGACACUGCUGCCAUAGACUUGAACAUUAACGGCACUUCAUACAUAAACGGGUCCCCACAUGAAAAUCAAGAGGGUCUGGCAGGAUCAACUCUAUUGCCACCACCAUUUAUUGCAAAUGGUAAUAUGACUAACUCAACUGAUUCAACUAAUAUGAAACCAUCACCUAGCUCAUCCGUUGAUAACUUGAACGAUUACUUAACAGACAUUAAUUCCUUAGCAUGGGGCGUUAAUUCAUUAAAUGACGAAUUUUGGACAGACCUCUUCAUGAAUGAUAUUUGA